CCUCCCUGCGGCCGGUGAGACCCGAGCGUUGGCGCGGCGAGCGCGGAAGGCGAUGGCGGGGCCCCCGGAGUCCCUCUCUGCACGGGACGUGGGGUCAUUUGCAUAUCUUACAGUUAAAGACAGAUCACCACAGAUCUUAACCAAGGCUAUUGAUACAUUGCAUCGACAUAAAAGUGAAUUUUUUGAGAAACAUGGAGAGAAAGGCCUGGAAGCUGAAAAGAAAGCAAUUUCUCUUCUUUCUAAAUUACGGAACGAAUUGCAAACAGAUAAACCAAUUGUUCCUUUGGUCGAGAAGUUUGUCGAUACUGACAUAUGGAAUCAAUACCUAGAAUAUCAACAGAGCCUUUUAAAUGAAAAUGACGGAAAACCGAGGUGGUUUCUCUCACCCUGGUUGUUUGUAGAAUGCUACAUGUAUCGUAGAAUUCAUGAAGCAAUUAUUCAAAGUCCACCAAUUGAUGACUUUGAUAUAUUUAAAGAAUUAAAAGACCAAAAUUUCUUUGAGUCUCAGGAAUCUAUCAUUGCUUUAUGUACUCACCUGCAAGAGUUGAGGAAAACUAUUGAAGACCUAGAUGAAAAUGAGCUGAAAAAUGAAUUUUUUAAAGUUCUUCAGAUUUCACUGUGGGGAAAUAAGUGUGAUCUGUCUCUAUCAGGUGGGGAAACUAUUUCCCAGAAGACCAAUAUAAUAAAUUCUUUGGAAGACCUAAAACCUUUCAUUUUAGUGAAUGACAUGGAAUAUCUUUGGUCAUUGCUUAGCAAUUGCAAGAAAACAAGAGAAAAAACAUCUGUUACUCGAGUGGAUAUUAUUUUGGAUAAUUCUGGGUUUGAACUUGUUACAGAUUUAGUGUUAGCUGACUUAUUGUUGUCCUCUAAACUGGCUACUGAGAUCCAUUUUUAUGGGAAAACGAUUCCAUGGUUUGUUUCUGAUACUACUCUACAUGAUUUAAACUGGAUAAUCGAACAACUAAAACAUUCUAAUCAUAAGUGGGUGUCCAAGUGUGGGGUUGACUGGGAAAACCAUAUUAAAAUGGGCAGAUGGGUUUACCUCGAUCACAUGUUUUGGACUCUGCCUCAUGAAUACAGUGCAAUGCCUCAGGUCGCUCCUGACUUAUAUACUGCACUACAAAAGGCACAUUUAAUUUUAUUUAAGGGUGAUUUGAAUUAUAGGAAGUUGACGGGGGACAGAAGAUGGGAGUUUACCGCUCCAUUUCAUGAGGCUUUGAAUGGCUUCCACCCUGCACCUCUCUGCAGUAUAAGAACAUUAAAAGCUGAGGUUCAGGUUGGUCUGCAGCCUGGGCAAGGUGAACAGCUCACAGCUUCUGAGCCUAACUGGCUGACCACUGGGAAAUAUGGAGUAUUUCAGUUUGAUGGUCCACUUUGACUUGGUGUAGGAACUCUCAGUUGUGUAGAAAGAUCUGACAGGCAUUCUUCAUCCCCAGAAAAGCCCUGGGAAGCUUGGUUUCUCAGUGCUCAUUUACACACACUCUGAUGCUUUCUCCUUUGAACAUUUUGCCCCACUACAUUGUUUUGGGGAUAGGUGGAUUACACUGGUUACAGAUAUUUACAUUUAUGUUGGAAUGUUAGUAACUUAUUUCAAGUUAAAGGCAUCAUUUCAAAUGGUUUUAAUGAGCUUAUUUUUAAUUGGGCAGAAAUAUAAGUGAAUUCUGCUUUAAAAGUUAACAUUUUUUAAAAAUACUAUGCUGCAUGGUAUUUAAUAUUCUAGGAGGCAUGGAAUUUUACUCAGCUUGAUUUUGGGCUCUAGAAAUAAGGGCUCGGUGAAAAUAUAAUAUAUUUACAUGUUAAAUAUGCUUUGUAAAGAGAGGCAUUUCUUACAACUGUGAUAUCUGUAUACACUAAAGUAAAACUUACCUCAUAAGUUAAUUCUUAAUUUUGUUCUUGAAUUUUAUUUCAUUUCAAUAACCUGUAUUAUUUGCACGUGUUUGUAUUUUGAUUGACCUGUGGAAUGGAUAGUAGGAAACACAAAAUUGAACAGAAUGUAACAAUACUUGAAGAAAUGUAAUAUCUUUUACAUUCUAUUUGUGAUAGCCAUAAUCAAUUGAAAUGUAUUAUUUUAACAUUAUAUAAAUGUUAUAAAUAUUAUUUUUUGAAACUGCUCUGCAGUUUCAAAAAAAAAUGCUUCAGAUAGGAAAGAUUCUUCUGCGUUGGCUUUGUACUGCCAACAAGUUAAUUCACCUUUUAUAAUCUUACACAUUUAUUGGUGAUCACGGGUAUUAAAGACUGUAAGUUUCAGGUCAGUUUGUUUUGAAACUGAAAUUGGAAAUAAACCUGGAAAUGUUUUCCUGCACCAGAAUAAUAAAAUGAAUUGUAAAUUGUA